GAUGGCUGCGCCCAUGUGGAGGAACGAAGUUACAAAAUAUAUCAAACUUUUGGAUAAUUCUGCCGUAGAAACAUUAAGCAAUGGCUUACAAGGAAAGUCAAUCUCCCUGCUUGAACUCAUUGAAAAUAUUGGGGAGUAUUUGACCAAUGAGGAUCACCAGAUAAGGGGGCGUGUCAUCCGACUUUUGUGUGAUGUUAUUGCUAUCAUCCCAAAUACACUACUGUCUCCAAUGGAAGUGAAGUCGUUGGUGACCUAUUUGUGUGAGCGACUUCAGGAUCAUCAUUCCAUACAGCCCCAGGUGUUGAGGGGACUCCUGACACUGAUCACAAGGAGUGGAUCUAAGCUACCCGAGGGGUGUGCUGAGACAAUAUGUAAGGGGGUGUUUAAGGAGGUACAAGUUCAGUCCUUAUCACAGACAGACAGAUGUACAGUAUUCAACAUCUUCACAGCACUACUGGAUAAAAAACUCACAGAACUACAGACAAUGGGAAAUGAUUUUGUGUUUGGGUUUAUUCAGUCCAUGGAUACAGAGAAAGAUCCGCGGAAUCUUCUGCUGGCUUUCCACUGUGCUUGGACCAUCAUCCUUAAUUUCUCUUUAGGGCCCUUUGUGGAGGAAAUGUUUGAAGUCACGUCGUGUUACUUUCCUAUAGAUUUUACACCACCACCCAAUGACGAGUAUGGGAUCACCAGACAGGAUCUGAUCCUCGCAUUACGUGGAUGUCUGUCGGCCUGUCCGGAGUUUGGACCUCUGUGUGUUCCAUUACUCCUGGACAAACUACAAUCAGACAUAGGGAGUGCUGUCCUAGACUCAUUGUUAACACUGUCAGCAGGUGCUAUGGUAUAUGGUGCUAAGUGCAUAAAGGAAUUCCAGGGACCUUUGUUCAGGUGUAUUAAACAGGAAAUAACAACCCCUAAGUCUCCAGAAAUAGAGAUUGCUGCUGAAUCAGCCCUGACAGCAAUAUCAACAGCUCUCUCUUCUCAGGUGGGACUCUCAACAGAUAGCUCAGAAGUUGAUGUUUUUAUAAAAGAAGUCAUGCAAGACUGUAAGCGCCACUUUUCGGAUGAGGACCUGCGAUUGUUUAAACCUUCCUGUAAGCUAUUUCUUGCCAUCGCUAAGGGCUCUGACCAUGCUUGCUGUGUUGUUAUACAACAGAUGGUGCCUGUACUGGAGGAUAUGUACAACAAAUUUACUGGGACAAAUCAGAGAAAACAAAUAAUAGAAAUGCUAGUGAAGUUUUUGUGUUCUUCUCGAGAUUUUAUUGGAGGCAGGGCCCCCAAAGUUGUCUCAGGAUUGACAUCUUCCUGCCUGAAAAUUCUGUUGUCAGCAGCCUCUCAGUCCAAUGUGACCUUGACCUCAACAGCUGUUCAAGGUCUGGGUGAACUUAUGACCUUGUCUAAUGUUCUAAAAUCAGGGGAGCUGAAAACAAUGUGUUGGUGUAUUUUGGACCGGGUGUUGAAUUCUAAAGAUAAGGGUGUAAGGAGUUCCUGUAUGGAUCCAUGCAAGAACAUGAUGAAAGUCUGUCCUGAAAUAUCAUCAGAAAUUUUACCUAAACUGUUGGAUAAGAUUGAUCCAGUUGAAGGGGAGGACAUUCUUGGUUUUGUAGCAAUAUUUGCUGCAGAUAAAAAUGUCAUAUCCAAUACAACACAACAGCUACUGUCAAAACUACAGCAAAAAUCUCUAGCUAUGGGGGAGUCAUCAUCACAAAUCUGCCUAUGGAUUGCAUCAUGUUUAAUUGACAUUUCUGUGUAUGUCAGAGGAAAUUCAGACUGUGUGUCUAUUUUGUCUACAGAGACUAUUCCUAGUGUCUACAGAUUAGUUGUGUCUAACUCUGUGUCUGAUAAUUACAGUGAAGUUUUGUCUAGUCCACAGGUGCUACAGUCACUGUCUACCUUUAUCAGAAAUACUGUGAUUUUAUUAGACUCUGGACUGUACUCCAAACUAUACAACUUUGUAACGAAUCUCUAUUUUGAUGCUGAUAAAAGUGAUUUAGGAUUAAAGAAACCAUUUACACCUCUUCAGUCCACUUCUCCCUCAGAGCAGACAUCGCUUGUCACUAUGCUGACUCCUGUAAUAUGCGCUAGUCCUAAACAUUAUACUCUUCCUGAUUUAAAUAAGUACAGGGACACACUCUGUGACUUGUCACUAAGAAGUAACCAUGACUACACAAAAUCUGAGGCAGCUAAAUGUUUGGCUGGAAUAUUAAACAAAGCACUUGAAGAUGAGGAUCUGACAGCAUUCUUACAAAGUAGAUGUGAAUUUUAUGAACAAAACUUGACAUGUGACAGCAAAGAUACCUCCUGUCUACAGCAGUGUGUCUGGGUCACAAAGGCUCUUGUCAUGAGGGGGCACAGAGAAGCCAAUAAGUUUGUAAAAAUUCUUCUGAGGUUGCUGGGAAGUGAGACUCUAGGUGAUCAGGCAGCAGAGGGAUUUGGAAUCAUUCAUACUGAAUAUGAAGAUGUCCUCAAUCCUUCCAUGCAUGCUAACAACCGAUUCCUGUACAAACAGCGAUUCUUCACAGAAAACUCCACCCACCUGACUGAUGGCUUUCAGACAGCUUCCUCAGAGACAAAGAAGAAUUACCUGAUAGCUCUGUCUCACUGUCUGAAAUCUCUCCCCAAGUCUGUUCUUGUCAGAGAGCUACCUCAGCUAUUCCCUAUGUUGGUCCAGUCCCUGCUGUGUGAGAAUGUCCAGCUACAACAAUCCACUAUGGAAACAUUGUGUACAAUGAUUACCGAUGCCCCAAACAUCAUUGUCAAACAUGUGGAUACAGUGAUUCCUCAGCUUUUGAAACUGACAUCAUACAAACCAUCAAUGAAAGUAAGAUGUGCAGCUUUGAGGUGUUUACAUGAGUUGGUGUCUCUUCCCUCCCCUGUGAUCUUGCCAUACAGACCUCAUGUGAUUAAGACCCUGGAGGGGGUCCUGGACGACAAGAAAAGGCUCGUGAGACUAGAGGCUGUAAAAUCUAGGAAUGAAUGGUGUUUGUUGGGGCAACCUGGAGGCCGGACCUGAUGUCUGAUUAUAGAAAUAAUGUGUAAAUAAAUGUAUUUAUAAUAGG